AUGCAUAAAUUAAGACCGAUACGUGAGUUCAUGGCUAGAAAGAAAUGCUUUGAUCCAGUCACGUCGCGGGACAUAGAUGGAGUGAAAAUUAUUGAUCUUAAGUUGCGGUUAGGUCAGCCGUAUGUGUUCCAACACUCAGGAACCUGCGAACAUUUGCUUAUUUUUCAUGAUUUGCGGUUAUUGGAGAAAACGGAUGUUCAAGUGAGUAUCUUUUGUCCUGUUUAUACUGAGUAGUU